ACCAAAUAAAUUCUAUGAAUGGAAAGUUACUUUUGAUAAUUCAUGAUCCGGUAGCAUUGGCUGUGGAAAUGGUGGUAAUUGUAAAUUUUCAACAAGUGCAUCUGGUACUGUUGAACUUGUUUUUGAACCUAGUUCAAAACAAUUAUCAUUUCGUCCUCUUGCAACUAUUUGCGGUAAUGGUCAAUGUGAAUUAGGUGAAACAUGUCCAAGUGAUUAUGGUAAAUGUCCAAUAUGUGGUGAUAGUAUAUGUCAAACAAGUGAAACAUAUCAAACAUGUUCACAAGAUUGUUCAAAUGAAUUAUCUGAAUGUGGAAUAUUUAAAGAAGAGAGUUGUGUAGAUGAUUCACAAUUUCAUGCAACACCAGGUGUUGAAGAAAAGCGUUGGCAAACACCAAAACCUAAUAUGAAUGGUUAUCAAUCAUCAUUUCAAGAUUAUCAUACACUUGUUGGCUAUGCUGAUAUCAUCUAUAUACUUAGGAUAGAGCGUCUUUCGCUCUAUCUUUCUAUGCUAUUUGAUCACUAUUCAACUGAUACUGAUCGUCUUGCAGCUGAUGUUUGUCUUCAAACAAAAUAUCGUCAAUCAAAUUCAAUCACAUUAACUUAUUUUUUUGAUGGUAUUGCACAAGCAACAAAAUAUAAACGUUAUACCAGUGCAUAUACUGGUAUUCUAUCGGCAGUUAUAACUAGAAGUGAUAGAUCAACAUUAGAAUUACCUGAACUUGAUUUUAUAUGGAAUGCUAAACUAAUCUUUAAUCGAUCAGGUGAUUAUCGUAAUGGACAAAAAGGAGCUAUAGCAGAAAUGUUUGGAUGGCCACAUAAAGAUGUGAAAGAAAAAUGUGAAUUUCUUGGUAAAGCUGGUUAUUUAGGUGUGAAAUUAUUUCCUGUUCAUGAACAACUUAUGUCAAUACAACCAUUUGAAAGUGCUAUGAAUCCAUGGUAUUUUAUGUAUCAGCCAGUUCCAUAUAAUUUAGAUGGUCGAAUGGGUACACGUGAAGAAUUACAUGAUUUAAUUCAAAUAUGUCGAAGUUAUGGUACUCGAGGUAACAAAACAAGUAGUACACCUAUUGAACGUCAAUCACCAUUUUAUAUACAUGCUUUUACUUAUCAAUACAAUUCAAAUACAGAAAAAGCGCCAUCAAAUGAAUUUCCAGCUGCUGCUAGUGGUCCGAAAGAUUUUCAUUGUGAUCGUCCAAAUGGUGCUAGUGGUUUUCGUAUUGAUGCAGCUAAACAUAUAUCAUCUGAAGAUUUAUCAGCAAUAAUGAAAAAAGUUCAAAUUAAAAUGGGUGGUAAAUUACCAGAUGAUUUUUUUGUCUGGCUUGAAGUUCUUACAGAUGGAGAAGCACAAUAUAUUUGGACAGGACCUUCAUGGUAUGGUACUAAGUUUGCAAAUAUUCUCAAAAAAGAUCGCAUUUUAGAUUCAGAAGUGGAUAAGAUCAAAAUGUGGGAUGGUCUUUAUCCAAAAGAACUAUUUCAUAAUCCAACUGUACCACAUCAUCGUGUAGUUAUUAAAAAUGAUGAUCAUGACCAACAAAAUCCAGUUCAUCGCAAUUUUGAAAUUCGUCUUUUUACGAAUCCAAACGGUGUAACUGAUAAUAAUAAUGGUUGGCCUGUUCGAUUUAUUCUUUCAUCUUAUUACCAUACGUAUGGAGAUCUUGGUAUACCUGAUGGAAAAUCAUCAUGUGAUAUAUGUACCAUAAUGUGUGAAACAUGUCGUAAAUCAGUACCUUAUAUCAAAGCAUAUGAACCUAUGGCAUGUGCAUAUGUUGGUAAUGGACAUACACGUACACAUCGUGAUAUACUUGUAAUCAAUGCAAUGCGUGCAUGGAUGAAAUUAACACCAAUAUCAGGAGCAUCAUUGGAUAUUGGACACUGUACUUAA